UGAUAAAAUAUAGAUAAGUAUUUGAAUUUAUCUACAUUAUUAUUUUAAUUAUAAUUAUUAUAAUUCGUUAUUUAAGAACGAGAAUGAGAAUAGGUUGUAGCUUACAAAUAUUACCUUAUAGUAUUGAGUUAAAUGAGUCAUAAAAUUUUGUUGGUUAUAGAAACAGUUAUAUAUUACUGCCAAAUUUUGUAGUUGUCCACUUUUUUAAAUGUCCUAAUUAUAUUAUGAAAAACCUUGUUGAAUAUUUAAUGUUUUCAAGGUUUACAUGGCAAUUUAAUUAUCUUAUAAGUAGAUCAGCAAUGCAAAUUCCAUCUUGUAAAUUUAUUGGUAUUAAUUUUUUAAUAUAACAGGAUAUCCAGUAAGAAAUAUAUUUCAAAAUGGAUUGGGAGUCAUUUUAUAAUAGUCAUUCAUCACCCGCUUCAUAUGAAAUUAUAAUUACUGAAAUAAAACAAUUUAUAUCUCAUCAUGAAAAUAAAAAGAUUGUUUUAAUAACAUCUGGUGGAACAACAGUCCCAAUAGAACAAAAUACUGUAAGAUUUGUUGAUAAUUUUAGUGCAGGAACUCGUGGAUCUGCUUCAGCUGAAUAUUUUCUUGAUUCAGAUUAUGCAGUUAUAUUUCUUUAUAGAUCAAAAUCAUUGGAGCCGUUUCUUCGACAUUUUUUAAAUUCAAAAUUACUAGAUAAAUUGGAAAUAGUGAAUAAUAAAUCAAUCCAAGUAAAAGAGGAUCUUGAAAAUCUAAUACCUGUAUUAAAAAAAUACAAGGAUGCCAAAAGUUCUAACAAUAUCAUAUCUAUUCCUUUUACAACAUUAGUGGAGUAUAUGUGGCUAUUAAGAGGAUUUUGCAAGUUAUUGAAUAACAGAUAUUGUUUAAUUUACUUAGCUGCAGCUGUUUCAGAUUUUUAUAUUCCACCUAAUGAAAUGGUAAAAAAAGCUGAACAUAAAAUACAAUCAAAAGAUGGACCUCCAGUGAUUGCUUUGCGUAUGGUACCUAAAGUAUUAAUGGCUAUUACUCAAAUUUGGUCUCCUAAAGCUUUCAUAGUUUCGUUUAAACUAGAGACUGAUAAUUCUCUUUUAGAAUCAAAGAGCAAGGAUGCACUCAUAAAGUACAAACAUCAAUUGGUAAUUGGAAAUUUACUUCAUACAAGAAAAUACCAUGUGAAAUUGAUAUGUCAAAAUGAAAUUGAAGAUAUUUAUCUAUCAGAAAAAGAUAAUAAAGAUGGAAUAGAAAUUGAGGACAUCAUUGUUAAAAAAAUUAAAAUAAGACAUGAAGUUUUUUUGAAAAUGAAUUAAUAUUAUUGUUUGUUUAGUUUUUUCAUAAUUAUCAUAUGUAUUUAUUAAGAUGUAUAGUAAUAUACAAUCCAAAUAGAAAUAAAAAAGCACCUAUAGUGUUUUUGUAAUUUUAUAUAAAAUAAGUAUUAACUCUAACCGCAUCAGUAAAUUUCCAAAUUU